AUGAAAUCGAUGCUUCAUCUUUUGCAGAAGCGAGGUUCAAUGGUGUUGAUAGAGCCGUAAAAAUUUAUCAUAUUUUUUAGCAUCAAUGAUGGAAUGGAUAAAGUGUAAGAGAAACAUCAGGUUGUUCAAACUUAUGUGGAACAAGUGAAUCCUAAAACUGCUAUUGCAAUAGAAAAAGAGGUAUUUAAUUAUGGGAGUAAAUUAGGAGGAAAGAUUAAAUUAGAGAUAUUUUCAUUUGAUGAAUUAACUUGAGAGAUUAAAAUUUUAAAUAGUAAAAUUAGAGGAGAAGAAGAAAUCAUAAGAAGAGUAAAUAAAUUGAUUACCAAUGAUAGUCUUGAGAAUCAUCCUUCGGUUAAGGAAGUGGUUGGGGAAUUACACAAGAUAUCUAAAUAUGAAAAGGCUUUGAGUGAAAACCAUAGCAAAAUGGUUGAUGAGAUUAAAUUAAAUAAAAUGACUAUUAAUCAGUUGAAAUAGACUGUGUACUAAAAAAGAAUAGAAAUAAGAGAUAUUGUCAGGGAUUCGUUCAGAAUCCAAGAGGAGAUGAUUAGAAUAAAACAAGAGAAAAGAACUGUUUCCAGUAUAUAUAUAGUUCUUAAUAAGUUGACAGGAAUAGUGUUGAUAUGUUCUUAACAAUGCCAGAAACUUCCAUUCCCAAACCAUAGAUCUUACCGUCUAUUCCAUUAAAGUAGAAAUCUAAGAGUACUCUACUCCACAUUAUGAAAAAUGUGCAGUCAGAAAACCAAUAAGAAGUAUAUAUGAAUAAUAUAUUCUUUGAAUAGAAAAUUAAUGAUAUUGUGUUUAUCUAUCGUCAAGUUUAGGAAUUAAGAUCUAAAACAUAAUAAUCUACUCGUUUCAUUUAGAAAGUCACAAAUAGAUAUUGUUAAAUUAGAAGUUUAUUAUCUGAAUGUGCUAGUAUUUCUAUUUAAAGUUUCAAAAACAAGUAGAAGAUCACUAAUAAAAAUGGUUAUGCCAAUUCUAUUUAUUUUGAUGUAAGUACUCUCAAUAACAGUAAAAAUGAAAGCAGCAUCAUUAAGGAAAGGAAAAUACAAAACAUUUUGUAUGAUACUUUAUAACAAAUAAUGAUUGAUUUGAUAGAUUCAUAAUAAAAGACUGAUUUGAAUGGGUCAUCUAUUGCAGAUUCAAUGUAUGUUAAAUCUAAUAUUUUAGAAUUCGUAAUUCAGUAAGUUAGGAGUAAUUCAUGCAAUUCACAUCAGUUUAAAUUUUAGGUUUGAUGGCCUUGCAACCUAGAUUGCUGACAGAAUUGUUAGGAAUAUUCGAUUUAAAGCAAAAGUAAGUUGGACUAUUGUGCAAUAAGACUAGAUAAUUGCAGAAAUAAUUAGAUAUUCCGUGA